AUGGCCGGAUGCCAAGCAGGGUUAAGUAUAUUCCACAUGAUGAACGCCCAGAGCAAGAAUAUCGAGACUCAAGACAACAGCAAGAAAAUGGAUGAUCAACAACCGGAGAUCAAUGGCAACAGCCCGAAGAUAAUAGACAGUCUAUACGAAGCGAGGAUGAUUAUACAUGUCACUGGGCCGGCUAGCAAAGGUAAAGAGAGAGUCCGCUUCCAAGAAACUCAAGAAGAGAAAGAUGAAAAAGUCUGCGACGAGGUGGACUUUCGGUUAGACGUAAGGGCGCUUGAAUGGAUGCCAGCUGUCCAAAGAGUUGAGGUAGUGUAUGGCUUGGCUUUGGUGACCUCCUUGUUCCUCUUUGCUACCACGACAAUUUAUAUGGCAAAGCGAAAUUAA